CAUUAGCAACACCCGCCCCUCCCCCUUCUCUCUCUCAUAUACACACACACACACACACAUAUAUAUAUAGAGAGAGAGAGAGAGAGAAGGAAUGGGAGGGAAAAGAUUUGCUCUUCUUCUGUGUGCAAAGGACACAGAUUACGUGAAGAAGAAAUACGGAGGGUACUUGGGGGUUUUCGUCGGAAUGCUGGAGGAGGAAGGCGAGAUUUGGGACGUGUACCGUGUGGAAGCCGGCGAAUUUCCGGCCGACGACGUGGUUGAAGACUACGACGGGUUCGUGAUCAGCGGCAGCUGCAGCGAUGCCCAUGGGAAUGACGUUUGGAUCUGCAAGCUCCUGAAUCUGAUCAAGAAAUUGGAUUCCUUGAAGAAGAAAGUUCUCGGCAUUUGCUUCGGUCAUCAGAUAUUAGGCAGGGCAAUGGGAGGAAAGAUUGGCAGGGCCAUCUCAGGGUGGGAUAUCGGAGUGCGAACCGUUCAUUUGUCAUCCUCAUCAAAGCUUUUCACGUCUCUAAAAAUGCCUGCUCUAUUGCCUGUGAUCGAAUGCCAUCGAGAUGAGGUCUGGGAACUUCCUUCAAAAGCAGAGGUGAUCGCAUGGUCCGAUAAGACUGGGAUUGAGAUGUUUGGGUAUGGUGAUCACAUCAUGGGCAUCCAAGGUCAUCCAGAGUACACUAAGGACAUUCUUCUGCAUCUUAUCGAUCGUCUUGUCCAUCGCAAAAUGAUUGUGGACUCCUAUGCUGAUGAGGUGAAGGCUAGAGUGGAAGCAAUUGAACCAGACAGGGAGGCUUGGAAGAAAUUGUGCCUCAGCUUUCUCAAGAGUCGAUUAUGAUGAAAAUUCUUAAUUUCAAAUAAAAAAAAAAGUGACAAAAAAAGUAGUAAGGGUUGUAUGUGUUUAUGAAUUUGGGCAGUUUGUUUGAAGAGAUGUCUUAAGCUGUGAACAAUUUGCUAUAUCACAAUUGGGUCUUUCCUUCAAUAGAAAAAGCCACAUAAAAUUACAGCACACGUGUUUAGAAUUGAGGCUCUAUUUCUUUUGAUUGUUU